CACGCCCAUGAGGGCGUGGCCGCGCCAGGCCUGGUCUGAGACCAGAGACCCGCCUGAGUUUUUGCUGUGUCCCUCAGGUUUCUGGUGCCCACCACCUCCACCAUGGUCCUGGAGCUCUACCUGGACCUGCUGUCCCAGCCCUGCCGCGCCAUCUACAUCUUCGCCAAGAAAAACGGCAUCCCCUUCCAGCUGCGCACCGUGGAGCUGCUCAAGGGCCAGCACCUCAGCGAUGCCUUUGCCCAGGUGAACCCUCUGAAGAAGGUACCUGCCAUGAAGGAUGGGGACUUCACCUUGACUGAGAGUGUGGCCAUCCUGCUCUACCUGACACACAAGUGUAAGGUUCCUGACUUCUGGUACCCUCAGGACCUGCAAGCCCGUGCCUGUGUGGAUGAGUACCUGGCAUGGCAACACACAACCCUGAGGAGAAGCUGCCUCCGGGCCCUGUGGCAUAAGGUGAGCCUGGAAGGAUGGGAGGGACAGUGAGGACAAAAUCCCAAAGGGGCUCAGGCAAAACCAAUUUCUUCUUUUUGGUUUGGGUAUUUUCUAUUGCCUUUGGCUUCACUAAUCCUUUUGUUGAGGCUGCUUGGCUGUCAAGUCUAUGUAAUACACCUUUUAUUUGAGAUAUGCAUUUUUCUUUUUUUUUUUAACCCCUCAAUCAUUCUUCCUUUAUCUCUU